GCGUCACGGAUCCCCCUUCAGUCGCUUUCGAGCGAGCGCAUCGGCUGCUGCAAUCAGCCAGCAGGUUGUUGUGUCAGCUGCCGUGUUGUUUCCCCAUCUCAAGAGUCACGCCGACUUGCUCGAGACUUUUGGUGGGUGGGACGAACGACGACGACGACGACGUCAGCGAAGAUGGUGAUGAUCGGUGGAUGGUCAAGUGGCGUGGCGCAAGUUUACGUUCUCCUCGUGGUGGCCUAUGCCGUGUUCGCUGCCAACUUGACCGAAGAAGCGUCACCUUCGUGCCCCCUUGGCUACUUCCCGUGCGGCAACCUGAGCAUGUGCCUGCCCCAAUUGCUGCACUGCAACGGUGCUGAUGACUGCGGAAAUCAAGCGGACGAGGAGAACUGCGGAGAUAACAAUGGAUGGCCGCAUCUCUUUGACAAGUACUUUGGAAUGCCGAGCCACAAUGGCAGAACCAAAUCCAACAUGUGCCUGCUUGGCCUCAUUCCUGAUCUGUGCCAGUGUCGAGACCUGGAGCUGGACUGCGAUGGUACGCAGCUCCGCGAUGUGCCGGUGGUGGCUGUGAACGUCACCAUGAUGUCUUUGCAGAGGAACCAUCUGCAGAGACUGAAAGCAAACGCCUUCUUCCCGUACCACAGCCUGCAGAAACUAUACCUGCAACAUAAUGAGAUCAAAGAUGUGAGUCCGACUGCUUUCACAGGGCUAUCCAAUCUCACCAGGCUAUAUCUGAACUACAACCGUAUUUCCGUGCUGAAGCCCGGUGUGUUCAGCGACCUGCAUAAACUGGAGUGGUUGAUCUUGGAGAAUAACAACAUCCAUCACAUUUCAUCCAAGACCUUUUCAGGACUAAACUCGCUGGUCUUGCUAGCUUUGUUGAACAACACUCUGACAAAACUAGAUGACAUCUGUCGCGGGAUGGCAAGGCUCAACUGGUUGGAUUUGGAGGGAAAUCUUAUUGAGUCCUUGGAGAAUGUGUCCUUCUACUCGUGCAGCAUGCUGACAGUCCUGGUUCUUCAGCGGAACAGGAUCAGCCACAUACAUGAACAAGCCUUUUCGGUCCUCCAAAAUCUUGGAGAGUUGGAUCUCUCCAGCAACAGACUGGUGAAAAUCCCACCUAAUCUCUUCUUAUUUCUGGGGGAUUUGCUUCAACUAAAUAUUUCAUACAAUCCCAUUAGAGAACUGCAGGUGGACCAUUUUGACAAGCUCCAUAAACUAAAGUCAUUAAGCAUUGAGGGCAUCGAAAUUGCCAACAUCCAACGACGAAUGUUCGAGCCUCUCAAAUACUUAACCCACAUCUACUUCAAAAAGUUCCAGUACUGUGGUUACGCGCCUCACGUGCGCAGCUGCAAGCCCAACACGGACGGCAUCUCAUCCUUCGAAGACCUGCUGGCCAACAUCGUGCUGAGGGUCUUCGUCUGGGUAGUCUCGGCCACCACCUGUUUUGGCAACAUCUUUGUCAUCUGCAUGCGGUCUUAUAUUCGCUCGGAGAACAAGCUGCACGCCAUGUGCAUCAUCUCCCUCUGCUGUGCAGAUGGGUUGAUGGGCAUCUACCUGUUCAUGAUUGGGUCAUACGACCUGAAGUUCCGCGGCGAGUACAACCGGCACGCCCAGGCCUGGAUGGACAGUGGCCAGUGCCAGGUGAUCGGAUCUCUGGCCAUGCUGUCCACCGAGGUGUCAGUUCUCCUGCUCACCUACCUGACUCUGGAAAAGUACAUCUGCAUCGUGUACCCCUUCCGCUACCUGACUCCAGGUUGGCGCCGUACCGUGACGGUGCUACUAGGCAUCUGGUUGUUCGGAUUCAUGGUGGCCUUCCUUCCCCUGGCCUUCAAGGGCCUCUUCCGGAACUUCUACGGAACCAAUGGCGUGUGUUUCCCGCUACAUUCGGAGCAACCCGAGACGCUUUGGGCGCACAUUUACACUAUCGCCAUCUUCUUGGGUCUGAACCUGGUGGCAUUCCUGAUCAUUGUGCUGGCAUAUGCCAGCAUGUUCUACAACAUCCAGCGCACGGGCACGCAGACCACCAAGUACAGCAACCACAUCAAGAAGGAGGUGACCAUCGCCAAACGCUUCUUCUCAAUCGUCAUUACAGACUCGCUUUGCUGGAUCCCUAUUUUCAUCCUAAAGAUACUGUCCCUACUGCACGUGGAGAUUCCCGGCACCAUUACCUCGUGGGUGGUCAUAUUCAUCCUGCCCAUUAACAGUGCCCUCAACCCCAUCCUUUACACACUGACCACCCGUCCCUUCAAGGAGACCCUGAUGCAGGUGUGGGCCAACUAUAAGCAGCGGAGGCCGGCAGUGGCCAGCCACCCCGUCCAUCAGCCUUCGCUCACCUGGCAGGAAAUGUGGCCCCUGCAGGACUCCACCCCGGUGGUGGGGGACCGUCGGGGCGGGGCCAACACACUCCCCGCCAAGCAAGCUGGCCUUGCGGAAAAUGACCCCGUGUGAAUCCGCUACAGAGUCAGAUUCGCAGCUGCUCCAGUACCUCAGCUUGAUGGAAUGCUUGCACAGCGGCCCGGAAGGAACCCAGAAAGUGACAUUUUCAAAAUACUGUAAUUAUCUUGGCAUUGUUUGAAAUUAAGUCUGUCCAAUAGACUCUAUAAUAAACGUCGAGAUCAAAAUGAUGAAUAUAACUUGUAAAAUAAAAAAUGAAAUGAAAAAUGACAUUUUGGUGACUUGCUAUGAUGGUUAUGGCCUCAAACCUUCAGGGAUUACAUCGUGUCACUCAUACAGCCAGCUCACUAUGGAUUAUGAAAUGUAUGUGUUGUUGUUGUCGCAUUGGAAAUCAACCAUACAAAACGAUAUCCAUCACUGUGCAUACUUGUUAUCGCUUUCAAAAUGUCUCAAUAUAAUUUUAUGAUAUUUUUGGUUGCAUUUCCCAGCUGGUCUGGGCUUGGACAAUGGACUCUUAAACAUAAUGUAUUUUUACAACAGUCGUGACAUUAGAUAUUCCGCUUAAAGCAUACUGUGUUUGUAUGAAUUUCUAUGAAAAUCAUUUUCUCUGCAGAUUGUAUAAAUAUAAACAUUUGUUUCUGAUGUUGUCUUGUGUAUAGAGAUCAGUCAUUUUACUGUAUAUGCCGGCAUGAGUGUU